GCUGGCCAUAGUCAACAUCUACGUUAUUAAAAUUAGUCCCCUCAUCUUGUUACGGGCCAGAGGGCUGAUUUCAAGACUCUCUCGUCUUAAGAUGGCUCCGACUAACGUCGUUCCCCAGUAUUCUUCAGAAACAGAAAGCAGAUGUCUGCUUGAGUCAGAACUGCGAGCUCAGUUGCAUCAAAGGAUUAUGAUCCUGGAUGGAGGUAUGGGAACCAUGAUCCAGCAUCAGGGACUUCAGGAGGAGGAUUUCAGAGGGGAGGAAUUUAGAGAGCAUAAGCUGCCUCUUAAAGGAAACAAUGACCUGCUAAGUAUCACACAGCCAGAUGUCAUCUACAAAAUCCACAAGGAGUAUCUACAAGCUGGUGCUGACAUCAUCGAAACCAACACAUUCAGCAGCACAUCCAUUGCUCAGGCUGACUAUGGACUGGAACACAUGGCUUAUCGCCUUAACAGAGAAUCCGCAGAGCUAGCAAGAAGAGCAGCUGAUGAUGUCACCAAGCAAAGUGGAUGUAAGCGUUAUGUGGCGGGGGCGGUUGGCCCUACCAAUAAAACUUUGUCAGUGUCACCUUCUGUGGAGAGACCUGACUUCAGAAACAUCACCUUUGACGAGCUAGUUGAAGCUUAUUCAGAGCAAGUCAGAGGUUUGUUGGAUGGAGGAGCAGACAUAAUUUUGGUUGAGACCAUCUUCGACACUGCCAAUGCUAAGGCGGCAUUGUUCGCAAUUGAUCUGUUAUUUGAGAAGAGCUACGAAAGAAAACCUCUAAUUAUCUCAGGAACGAUUGUUGACAGGAGUGGGCGAACUCUGUCCGGUCAGACAGGAGAGGCUUUUGUAGUGAGUGUGUCACAUACUAAACCACUAUGUAUUGGCCUCAACUGUGCCUUAGGGGCAACGGAAAUGAGGCCAUUCAUCGAGGCCAUAGGAAAAGCCACCUCUGCUUUUAUUAUCUGUUACCCCAAUGCAGGUCUUCCCAACACAUUUGGAGGUUAUGAUGAAACUCCGGCAGUAACAGCCUCCAAUUUAAAGGAUUUUGCAGUGGACGGACUCGUGAAUAUUGUGGGAGGCUGUUGUGGUACCACUCCAGCGCACAUAAGAGCCAUAGCAGACGCAGUCAAACACUGCCAACCUAGAGUUCCUACAGGGGAUAUUUAUCAAGACUACUUGCUGCUCUCAGGUUUGGAGCCAUUCAAGAUCGGCCCUUACACCAACUUUGUAAACAUUGGUGAGCGCUGCAAUGUGGCUGGGUCACGCAGGUUUGCCAAGAUGAUUAUGGCUGGGAACUACGAGGAAGCUCUAAGCGUUGCAAAGGCCCAGGUAGAGAUGGGAGCCCAAGUUCUUGAUAUCAAUAUGGACGAAGGAAUGCUGGAGGGUCCAACAGCCAUGUCUCGCUUUUGUAAUCUUAUUGCUUCUGAGCCAGACAUUGCUCGGGUUCCUUUGUGUAUUGAUUCAUCUAACUUCUCCGUCAUUGAAGCUGGACUGAAAUGCUGUCAGGGCAAAUGUAUAGUCAACAGUAUCAGUUUGAAAGAAGGUGAGCAGGAGUUCCUUCUUCGAGCUGCAACUGUGAAGCGCUAUGGAGCUGCUGUGGUUGUCAUGGCCUUUGAUGAGGAAGGCCAGGCCACAGAGACAGAUCGCAAAGUGGAAAUCUGCACCCGAGCGUAUAACCUGCUGGUUAGCAAAGUUGGAUUUGAUCCCAGAGACAUAAUCUUUGACCCCAAUAUCCUGACCAUUGGCACCGGGAUGGAAGAACACAAUGAGUAUGCUGUUAACUUCAUCAGGGCUACAAAGGUCAUUAAGGAAACCUUACCAAGGGCCAGAGUGAGUGGAGGUCUUUCCAAUCUGUCUUUCUCCUUCAGAGGAAUGGAGGCCAUCAGAGAAGCUAUGCAUGGGGCCUUUCUCUACCAUGCCAUCAAGGAUGGUUUGGAUAUGGGCAUAGUGAAUGCUGGGAAUCUGCCCGUGUACGAUGACAUUGAUAAAGAGCUGCUGUUACUGUGUGAAAAUCUCAUCUGGAACAAAGAUGCCGAUGCUACUGAGAAGCUUCUGGUCUAUGCACAAAACAAUGUGAAAGGGGGGAAAAAGGUGGUUCAAACAGACAUAUGGAGGGAAAAAAGCGUGGAAGAGAGGCUGGAGUAUGCCCUCGUCAAGGGAAUAGAAACCUAUGCGGUACAGGAUGUGGAAGAAUGUCGAGCACAUGUUGAUCGCUACACCAGUCCCCUUCACAUCAUUGAGGGUCCUUUGAUGAAUGGCAUGAAAGUGGUUGGAGAUCUGUUUGGUGCAGGCAAGAUGUUCCUGCCGCAGGUCAUCAAGUCGGCUCGUGUUAUGAAGAAGGCGGUGGGCCAUCUAAUACCUUUCAUAGAGAAAGAGAGACAGGAGAGGAUUGCUUUGUCUGGGUCAACUGAGGACAUGAAUCCUUAUCAAGGCACCAUAGUUCUGGCCACAGUGAAGGGCGAUGUCCAUGAUAUUGGCAAGAAUAUUGUCGGUGUCGUGCUGGGUUGCAACAACUUCAGGGUGGUUGAUCUGGGUGUGAUGGUUCCUUGUGAUAAGAUUCUCAGAGAGGCCAUUCAGCAAAAAGCAGACGUUAUUGGUUUGUCUGGUCUGAUCACCCCGUCUCUAGAUGAGAUGAUUUAUGUGGCCAAAGAGAUGGAGAGACUGGGAAUGACCACUCCAUUGUUGAUAGGGGGAGCCACCACAUCAAAGACUCACACAGCAGUGAAGAUUGCUCCAUGCUACACUUCUCCUGUUGUCCAUGUCCUGGAUGCUUCGAGGAGUGUGGUUGUGUGCUCUCAGCUUCUGGAUGAUAAUGUGAGAGAGGACUUUUUUGAGGACCUGAAAGAGGAAUAUGAAGAAGUCAGGCAGGAGCAUUACGACUCGUUGAAGGACCGUCGUUAUCUGUCGCUAGCCCAAGCGAGGGGGAGAGCUCUCCAUAUUGACUGGCAAUCAAUAACUAAACCAGUGUGUCCUCAGUACUUUGGCAGCCAUGUGUUUGAACAGUACGACCUGACCAAACUAUUGGACUUCAUUGAUUGGAAGCCUUUCUUUGACGUCUGGCAGCUCAGGGGAAAAUAUCCCAACCGAGGUUACCCCAAGAUCUUCAAAGAUAAGACAGUGGGAUCGGAGGCACGCAGAGUUUUUGAUGACGCCCAGCGGCUGCUGAACCAAAUGAUUGAUAACUCUAGUCUAACAGGACGAGGUUUGGUGGGGUUCUGGCGGGCCCAGAGUGAUGGUGAUGACAUCCACGUGUACAACAAUGAUGAUAUAGCGCAGAGAAAUAGAGAGCCAAUUGCAACAUUCCAUGGUUUACGCCAACAGCUGGAAAAGGACAGUGCUGCUUCAGAUCCCUACCUGUGUUUGUCUGACUUUGUGGCGCCCGUGAACAGCGGCUUGGAAGAUUACAUUGGCAUGUUUGCUGUGGGAGUGUUUGGUGCAGAGGAACUGAGUCAGCAGUUCCAGACUCAGGGGGACGACUACAACAGCAUCAUGGUCAAAGCUUUGGCUGACCGACUGGCUGAGGCAUUUGCAGAGGAGCUCCAUGCUCGUGUGCGGAAGGAUCUGUGGGGCUACAGUGGUGAUGAGUCUCUGCAGGCCUCAGACCUCCACAAGGUUCGUUAUCAGGGCAUCAGACCGGCCGCGGGCUACCCAAGCCAGCCCGAUCACACUGAAAAGAUGACAAUGUGGAACCUUGCCGGUAUACAGGAGAAGACGGGUAUUGCGCUGACAGAGUCACUGGCCAUGACUCCCGCAGCCUCAGUGUCUGGACUUUAUUUCUCCAACCCACAGGCUUCAUACUUUGCUGUUGGGAAGAUCACCAAGGAGCAGGUGGAGGAUUACUCGAGGAGGAAAAAGAUGAGUGUGGAGGAGGUCGAGAAAUGGCUGUCGCCCAUCCUUGGGUACGACAGUGAAGCGUAGAACUGCACCGCACCAACAAUGAGCUGGACCACAAACUAAUUAGAUUUACAAUCCCAGCAUUCCACCGAAGAACUACACAAACUUAAAGUAUCACUUUCAUUUUGUCACUACUCUUUGUACUUUGUGUAAGUGCAAGUAUUGGACAAUUUUUAUGCAGAAUUUCGAGGCAGGGGUGCCCAAAGUGCAGCUCCUGGAUGUUUUCAUUUUGGCCCGUGGCACAUUCUAAAAAUAAAAUUUGUAUUUACUUUAUUAAAAAAAAAAAAAAAAACAUAAAAAAUGGAAAAA